AUGCUGGCGCUGCCCCUGCUGCUCCUCCUGGCCCCGGCCCCGGCCCCCGCAGCCCGCCUGCCCGGGGCCCCUGUCCGCGCCACCCUCCGCCCAGGCAGCGAGCGGGAGGUGACGGCGGCACCCGCAGCGCCGAGCACCCCGGGGCAGCUGGGGGAGCCCGUCUCCGAGGGCGAGAGGCUGCGGCUUGCCGAGGAGAAGGCAGCGGGUGGUGAAGCCAGGGGCACCACGAAAAAAUCCGUGCGGGUUAAAGUAGUGAAGAAAAAAGUCUUGAAGAAGAAACCCAAGGCUUCGGCCCCGGGAGCAGCUACCGAGCAGCAGCCACAAUGUCCCCCGCUGGGGCUGGAGUCUCUGAGGGUGUCGGACUCGCAGCUACGAGCCUCCAGCAUCAAGCGCUACGGUCUGGGUGCCCACCGGGGACGCCUCAAUAUACAGUCUGGGAUUCACGACGGUGACUUCUACGAUGGAGGCUGGUGUGCUGGCCACGAGGACCGGGACCAGUGGCUGGAGAUUGAUGCCCGGCGGCCAACCCGUUUUACUGGCGUCAUCACGCAGGGACUGAACUCCAUCUGGACGUACGACUGGGUGACGUCCUACAAAGUCCAGUUCAGCAAUGACACACACACCUGGCAGCCAGGCAGGAACGGGACGGAGGAGGUGGUGUUCCUGGGGAACAAGGACCCCGAGACACCUGUGCUCAAUGCACUCCCCACCCCGGUGGUGGCGCGCUACAUCCGCAUCAACCCCCAGACCUGGUUUGAGAACGGCACCAUCUGCCUGAGGGCGGAGAUCCUGGGCUGCCCCUUGCCAGACCCCAACAACAUCUACUCCUGGGAGAACGAGCCGAUGCCAACCGACAAGCUGGACUUCAGGCAUCACAACUACAAGGAGAUGAGAAAGCUGAUGAAGGAGGUGAACGAGAAGUGCCCCAACAUCACCCGGGUCUACAGCAUCGGCAAGAGCUACCUGGGCCUGAAGAUGUACGUGAUGGAAAUCUCGGACAACCCCGGGCAGCAUGAGCUGGGGGAACCAGAGUUCCGCUACGUGGCCGGGAUGCACGGGAACGAGGUGCUGGGCCGCGAGCUCCUGCUCAACCUGAUGCAGUACCUGUGCGGCGAGUACACCCGGGGCAACCCCCGCGUCGUCCGGCUGGUGAGCGAGACCCGCAUCCACCUGCUGCCCUCCAUGAACCCCGACGGCUACGAGACAGCCUACAAGCUGGGCUCAGAGCUGGCGGGCUGGGCCAUGGGCCGCUGGACCUACGAAGGCAUCGACCUCAACCACAACUUUGCCGACCUCAACACGGCCCUGUGGGACGCCGAAGACAACGAGCUGGUUCCUCACAAGUUCCCCAACCACUAUCUCCCCAUCCCGGAGUACUACACCUUCGCCAACGCCACGGUGGCCCCGGAGACCCGCGCUGUCAUCAACUGGAUGCAGAAGUUCCCCUUUGUGCUGAGCGCCAACCUGCACGGGGGGGAGCUCGUGGUGACCUACCCCUACGACAUGACCCGCACCUACUGGAAGGCCCAGGAGCUGACGCCCACGCCCGACGAUGCCGUCUUCCGCUGGCUCGCCACCGUCUAUGCCACCACCAACCUAGCCAUGGUGGACGCUGAGCGCCGCCUCUGCCACUACGAGGACUUCACCAGGGAGGGCAACAUCAUCAACGGCGCCCACUGGCACACGGUGCCGGGAAGUAUGAACGACUUCAGCUACCUGCACACAAACUGCUUUGAGGUCACUGUAGAGCUGUCCUGCGACAAAUUCCCGCACGAGUCCGAACUGCCCAGGGAGUGGGAGAACAACAAGGAGUCCCUGCUGGUCUUCAUGGAGCAGGUCCGCCGGGGCAUUAAAGGGGUCGUUCGGGACAAGGACACCGAGCAGGGAAUUGCAGACGCCAUCAUUGCCGUGGACGGCAUCAACCACGACGUCAGAACAGCUUUCGACGGCGACUACUGGCGCCUGCUGAACCCGGGCGAGUACGAGGUCACUGCCGCGGCCGAAGGCUACCACCCCGUCACCAGGACCUGCCGUGUCUCCUUUGAGGACAACCCCACCCUCUGCGACUUCCAGCUCACCAAGACGCCCAAGCAGCGGCUGCGCGAGAUCCUGGCCAAGGGGGGCAAGAUCCCCAAGGACCUGAUCCUGCGGCUCCGGCAGCUGCGGCUCCGCAAGCUGAGGGCCCAGCGGCAGGCCCGGUGAGAGGGGAUUAACCCCUUCUGGACUGUGUGGGGACGUAGAAGAAGGAUGUGCUCUGUGCGACUCGCGGUCCCUCCCCCACGCUCCCUAGUCUAGCGGCUUCUUGCUCCUCUGAAUUGUUUCGCUUCUGAGCUCUGGCUCUGACUCGGGAGUCUGUAGCGGGGUGUGACUGAAGGCCCAGUGUCCUCUUGGGACCUGUCCCUUUCUACCUCCUGCCCUGCCCUGCCUGCUCUCCAGCCCGCUGCCCCAAGACCCUGCUUCUGAGCACCCAGAUGGUCUCAGUUCAGGGGGAGAGGUGCCUGGGCAUGGCAAGACAGCAGAAAUCAGUGGCGCAGACAAAGCUGCAGGCAUGUUCCCUAGGGGCACAAGCAGCCGACAGGCACCCGGGAUGGGCUUUGCCUGCGGAAGAGGACUUUGUAACACCUCAAAGAGCAGCUUUCCCCCAGGAGGGUCUCAGCACGGCUGCUGUCGUCUUAGCCAGACCAGGGAAAUCCCUGUUUAGUGGAAUCCUGCAGGUCCCAGUCCAGCCACCCAAGAGAGGCGUCUGCUAACUGGUUCCAUUCUGCUCUGCCUGGCUGCCGCUUGGCAAAUCCCCCAGGAGGAAUCCUCGGGUCCGAGGCAGCAGUAAGCACAAGGCAUUUGGACAGCAGGCCCGAGGGCGUGCGGAAGAAAGGGAAGGGCCUCAGGAAUGUGAGCUGGUCCUGGGCAGGGCCACCCAAAGGAUUCAGGGGGCCGGGGGCAAAGCGGGGAAGCUGCAGUGUUUGUACUCACCCGGCAGCGGUCUGGGUCUUCGGCGGCAUUUCGGCGGCAGGGGGCCCCUCAGUUGCUCCGCGUCUUCGGCAGCACUGAAGGGCCCCAUGCCGCCGAAGACCCGGACCAUCACGGGGCCAGGGCUCAUGAGGCCCCUAUGGGGCCCAGGGCCUGGGGCAAAUUGCCCCACUUGACCCUCCCCGGGUGGCCCUGGUUCCGUGAGCUGAGCCGUGGCUCUCCACUCCCGACUGCGAUGGGCAAGAAAGGAUCUUGUCCUCUCUCUACCUGAAUGGGGUGAGGUCAGAAGAGGGGGAAAUCGCCCAGCCAAGGGGGUUCAAUCAGCUGUACUGCCUUACUUUAAACCAGUGAAUCCGUUUCUUUAGGGGAUUACUGACACACGGGUGGCAAUCGCUGGGCUAACUAAGCAGUUGGCUCAGUAGUUGAGGGGCCAUAAGGCUGCGUGGAUAUAUCUGCUGUGAGCCUGCGAUGGUUCUGUUAUGCAGUGUAGGGGAGGAAUCGCACACGUAGUGAAAGGGGAACAGACUGGGGUGUGUUUGGUUGAGAUCAGGAAACAGACCAGGCAGUGCGGCACACUGGGAAGCGACGGGGGCCCCCUGUGACGCUCCCCAAGAGCAGCGUUUGGCCCCAUGAAAUGCCCUGAGUGGUGUCCAUUCAAUCUCUUGGGCGUGAGCGAGCAGCCACCACUGAUUCCUCAAAACAUGCAGAGUCUGCAUGAGAGACUCCAGGGUGGCCCUAAAAAUAGCUCCUGGCACACCAUGGGCAUGACGCAAGGAGGACUUGGAUUGCCUGGCACGGGGUCUGGCUGGGCAGGAAUCCAGGGCAAACAUACAUCAGUCGGUCAGUAACAACCAUGGUAGGGUGUGUGCUGGCUGGAUUCCCAGAUGCCUUGGGGGGAGGGAUCAUGGUGCUGUCAGGGAUAACCUUGUUCCUCCCCAUUGGUAAUGACAGAGCAGUUCCCAAGGAUGGGCCCUGUAGAAUAGCCAGCACCCGCUCGUUUGGCCUUCCCUCAUCUGACUUCUCUGGACCACAGGAGCCAUCAGGGGGAGAUAAUUCCUGGCCAGAGGGGUGGCCAUGGCACCCUCACUGAAACCACUGCCUUUGGCACCAAUUGUCCCCCCGUUGGCAGUCUCCUCAGGGCCAACCCAAGAGAUACCAGCAGCCUUCUCAGCUGCGAGGUGCCCCUCCAGGACAGGGCAGAAGCACGUUAAGGGGACACAGGGCCAGAUUUCAUAUUUGCUCCAGGUUCCUCGGGCAUUACAAUUAAAGGGCUGUUACUAAAGAGCCAGCCGGCACCUCCUCCAAGCCAUGAACCGGAUCCUAGGCAGAGAUGACUCCCUUGGUGCAGCGAAUGGUUCCUGUGGCUUCCUUUCCCCUCAGUCUUUGUUGUCAGGGGUGCUUGUGUGAAUACAGUUCCUCCCCAGGGCGACUCCAGUAAAGACACUGGAGUUACCCCAGGGCUGACUUCAGCCUCAGCUCUUUGUUCUCCUAGA